UGAAUGCCAAUCUAUUUGACGCGAAUCUGAAUCAGCAGGUGCAUAAAACGACCAAAAAACAACCCCCGAACCACCAAACCAAUCACAAUGGAUAGAGUUUUCUCUGUCGAAGACAUGUCCGACUACUUCUGGUCUUCAUCCGCCGCCGCAGCCGACGACGAUAGAGAUAACAAACCCGGUUCUAAAAUGAACCGCAGUGCUUCCGAGUGGGCUUUUCAGCAGUUCCUUAGAGAAGAAGUUGAUAACAAAGGUGGAGAUCAUAACGAAGAGGAGGCGGCUAAGGAGGAGCUGAAGAACAAAAAUGGGUGUUUUGAAAACAAUAAUAACAGCAACAAUGUUUCUGCUGAUUUUGAGGAUUAUCAGGCUGUUCUUAAGAGGAAGCUUAACUUGGCUUGUGCUGCUGUCGCCAUGUCAAUGGCAUCUAUUGCAAAACACCAAGAUUCUGCUUCUAGAGCAGACAGUAGAUCACAGGCAUCUAAUGCUGCACAAUUGGGAUCCAAAAUCGUUUCUAAAGGAGUCGGUAACAAGGAUGAUAAUGCUGCAGUUGGAAGUUCUUUUUUGAAUGGAGAGAAGAAACUCGGAGCUCAGGUGAGGCCGAGCACAAGUACGGGAUCAUCGAUAGAACAGUCAGAAGACGAUGAAGUUGAAGGCGAAAACGGAACAAUGGAGAACAUGGAUCCUGCAGAUACAAAACGUGUAAGAAGGAUGCUUUCAAAUCGAGAGUCUGCUAGGCGUUCUCGAAGAAGAAAGCAGGCUCAUUUGACAGAACUCGAGACACAGGUUGCUCAACUAAGGGUCGAAAAUGCAAACUUAUUGAAGCGUUUGAAUGACAUUAGCCAAAAGUACAAUGCAGCAGCUGUUGACAACAGAGUUUUAAAAGCCGAUGUUGAAACAUUGAGAGCAAAGGUAAAAAUGGCUGAGGAGGCUGUCAAAAGAACAACUGGUUUGAACCAUAUGUACCUUGCCUCACCCGAGAUAUCGACAAUGGGCGGAAGUCCCUCUGAUACAUCAACAGAUGCUGCUGUCCCAGUGCAUGAUGGUCCAAAGCAUACCCUCUAUCAUUCAGACAAUCCUAUCCCCACUCAUGACCAGAGAAUCAAUGAUGCACUCGCAGAUAUUUCUUCAGUUGAAAACAUACAAUCAAAUUCUGGAGGAUCUGCUGUAACAGGAAACAAAAUCGUACAGGCGGCUUCUUUGCAGCGUGUGGCUAGCUUGGAACAUCUGCAAAAGUGAAUCCGUGGGGGUGUAAUCCCCUGUGGAUCCCAGUCAAACGGGAAGCAAUAGGAGCAAAGCGCAGAAAUAGAGCCUGAAGAGAGUUACUGAAGAAUGCCUUGGAAUUUGACUAAACUAUGCUAUUAUUUCUGGUUUAACUAGGGGAAACAAUGCUAUUCUUUAGGUUAAUUGUGCAGCAAUGGAAACUGCUAGAUUAAACCUUUCAUUUAAUCAUGUGAUAUCUGCUGGAAAGCGACUAAUCUAUAUGGUGGUCGAUUCUACCACUGCCAUUUCCAUAGCAUGCUGUGGACUUUUC